GAAGGUGAGACUCAUGAGGGAAUACAAGGUAGUGGUGUUAGGGAGCGGAGGGGUUGGCAAAUCUGCCCUCACCGUGCAGUUUGUCACCGGGACUUUCAUUGAGAAAUAUGACCCCACCAUUGAAGAUUUCUACCGCAAAGAGAUCGAAGUGGACUCUUCCCCCUCAGUACUGGAAAUUCUGGACACCGCAGGAACCGAGCAGUUUGCCUCCAUGAGAGAUCUGUACAUCAAAAACGGCCAAGGUUUCAUCCUGGUGUAUAGUUUGGUUAAUCAACAGUCUUUUCAGGAUAUCAAGCCAAUGAGAGAUCAGAUUGUGAGAGUGAAGAGAUAUGAAAAAGUUCCACUAAUCCUAAUAGGAAACAAGGUGGAUCUGGAACCAGAAAGAGAGGUUAUGUCUUCAGAAGGCAGAGCUCUGGCUCAAGAAUGGGGCUGUCCUUUCAUGGAAACAUCAGCAAAAAGUAAAUCAAUGGUGGAUGAACUUUUUGCUGAGAUCGUCAGGCAAAUGAACUAUUCAUCCCUCCCCGAGAAGCAAGAUCAGUGUUGUACAACUUGUGUUGUCCAGUAAAAAAAGAAAACCUCAAUCAUGGCCAUACCGAGCAGAUAAAACUCAGAGGAAAUUUGCACAGAUGCUGCUUUGGAGAACUUUACAACCUGGUUUGCAGAACUGAGCCUUGGUAAACCUGUCUCUAUCACAGCAUGUUGCCAUACAUCUAAUGAAGUGCAUAAGGUCUUUGGCCCUCAAGAUCCAAGGACCUUAACAGUAAUGCUUAGCACGUUUACCAUACAUUUAAAAUCUGUUCUUUAUCAAUCCGUCCUUUUAUAGCUUUUUAAGUUCUUAUUGAUGGCUAAUAUGAAAGGGUUAAUUUUUAAUAUGUUAGUUGAUUUCUUUAAUCACUUUCUCAACUUGUAUUUAUUACUCAAACUCAGUAUUACCUACUCAAUGCCUUUUAAAAGAAAGAUAUAAUGGAGAAAAAUUGAGCCUUAAACAAAUGGUUACUUCUGUAUAUUACCUCGUACCAAUGCUUCA